UGCCGCCUGUCAGUGUCCAUCAGUGCCAGCUGUCAGUGUUCAUCCAUGCCACCUGCCAGUUCCCAUAAGUGCCACAUUUCAGUGCCCAUCAGUGUCACAUCAAUGCCACAUAUCAGUGCCCAUCUGAGCUGCCUUUCAGUGUCAACCAUCAGUGCCAGUCAGUGCCACCUAUCAUUGCCAGUAAUCAGUGCCACCUAUCAGUGUGCAUCAGUGCUGCCUAUCAGUGCCACCUAUCAGUGCCGCCUAUCAGUGCCGCCUAUCAGUGCCACCUAUCAGUGCCAUAUAUGACUGCUGCCUUUCAGUGCCCAUCAGUGAUGCCU